AUGGUCAUCGGAGAGUUCGCCGAAUCGCAAAGGAUACCGCCCGUCGUUGGGAUGACCAGCUGCGUCUUACCAGGUCCAGGUCGCUACCGGGUAACCGCGCUGCUGCUGCUGUUGGUGGUGGCCGGUCUCGUUUGGGCGAAACCGUCGCACUCAUCGCUGGAUGCCUCCGACCUGGCCGACAUCGCGCAGGUGGAGGACGAGGUGGCGCGCAUCAAGCGCUCCGGGAUCGGCUCCGGAAGCGGGUCCUUCGAUCUACUGUCCGGACUCAAGAAGACGCUACUGUCCGGGAUCGGGUCCGCGUCGGCCUCGCUGGUGGCCGGCAGCAGCAGCUCGUCGCUAUCGUCCGGCUCGGGCCACGCCAGCGGUGGUAGCAGCGGCGAUGGAGGCCACAGCUAUGGCCACAGCUCAUCCAGCCACUCGUACGAGAAGCCACACGUAAGCUCCCACUUCGAUGGCUGGUCGCUGAAGAAGUCGAUCCUGAACACGCUGUUCCAGGCGGUGAAGGCCAUCACGGGCGGCGUGACCGCCAUCAAGGGUCAGCUGAUCAAGGGCUCCGGCUACCUGGUGAGCGGGGCCGGCAAGCUAAUCGCGACCGGGGGCGAUGCCGUUACCGGCGUCGGCAAGAAGAUUGCGCUGUCGGCCCACCUGAUCCCACCGAAGCACGCGGCCCACCCGUUCGCCAAGCUGAGCGGCCUGCUGUCGUCCUCCUCGGGCGCCCUGUCGUCGUCCUCGUCGCCGUCCUCGUCCCACAACCACGAGGAGCACCACGAGUCGUCCGCCGAGAGUUACACCGACUACGCAGGACCUACGAGCUACGCAGGCACGCACGACUCUUCGCACGGCUCCUUCAGCAGCAGCGGACCGUCCGGACCGGCGUUCCACUCGCCACCCCACAAGAGCUCCCACAAGACGCCAUCGAUCAACUCGUACGGGGUCGAUCUCGACGACCACCACCAGCAGCAGCAGCAGCAUCACCACGGCGGUGGAAGCUACGUCUCGGGCGGCACCGGCGGCAAGUACAGCCACUCCUCGUCGGAUGUCGCCCAUCACUACCCGGUGCACGUCGGGGGCAAGGGGCACCCGGCGAACGUGGUCGAAGCGUCCGACGUGCUGCGACAGAUCCUCAACCAGAAGGUUGCCCCGGAGCACGCACCGAAGAAGGUCAUUGCCCAGUACGAGAUCCCGUCGGACUCGCAUCCGCCACCGUUCAAGCCGAUGAAGCACGGCUACCUGCCGCCGCACCCGCCGCCGCCGCCGUCAGGGUAUGGGCUGCCGGUCGGACUGAUCGACUCCGUCACGCACUCGCACUCGAUCACCACCUCGUUCGGCCACGCUGCGUCGCCGUUCCCGAGCUCGUACGACAUCUACCGCUCGAUGAGCCUGAAGCACGGCCACCAGGGCCCCGACACUGACUCGUUUUCGAGUCCGCGCUCGAAGCCACACGGUGCCCCGACGUCCGUGGCGUACGAACUGCUACCACCGAAGCCGGGCGCCACCGGGGGGGAGGACGAGUUCGUGCACAAUCAGCAGCUGCACGACCUGGCCAAGCACCUUGGCAACGGCAUCGAGGUGCAGAGGUCGCUGACGUACGAGAUCGAGGACCCGGCGCUCUCGAAGCACAAGCGCCGCUCGGAUGAAACCAGUGACACCAAUGACGACGAUAACGACGCAGCUCCUGCUGUUGCAGCUGGAAGUACCGAGACGUAG